AGCAGAGCAGAGCAGAGUACUUAGUACCCACCGCAUCCCGCCUCGCCUGCGGAAACGAGGAUUGUUCGCGAAUCCUUCAUCUACACAGCCCUGCCACCCUACACUACCGAAGCGGAACGCGAAGACACGAUACUACCUCACCUCUACACACACGCGAACUCGGAAGAUUGAGGAUGGCGUCAGAGGCACACGACUCGCAGCCCUUGGAAGCCGACACCGACGGCGAUGACGAGUCCGGGUACUCGAGCACCCUGGCGACGUCGACGCAGAGCCUCUCCCAGUCCGUCGUCGACUAUGUGUACGAAAACGGACGCCGCUAUCAUCGUUUCCAGGAGGGUCAGUACAUGCUGCCAAAUGACGAGACAGAACAAGACCGACUUGACCUCUACCACCACCUGCAACUGCUCUCGCUGCACGGCGAGCUGUGUAUGGCACCGAUCAAGAACCCGCAGCGAAUCCUGGACUGCGGCACCGGGACGGGGAUCUGGGCGCUCGAUGCGGGCGAGGUUUUCCCCUCGGCGGAAGUCAUCGGUGUCGAUCUGAGUCCUAUUCAGCCGGAAUGGGUAGUCCCAAACGUGCGCUUCGAAGUCGACGACCUCGAGCUGGAUUGGACCUACCGCGCCGACGACUUCGAUUUCAUCCACUCGCGCAAUAUCGCCCAGAGCAUUAAGGAUUGGCCUCGCUACGUGUCGCAGAUGUUCACACACACCAAACCCGGCGGCUACAUCGAGCUCGCGGAAGCGAUGAUGUCGCUGGACUGCGACGACCACACGCACGCAGGCAGCGCGAUCGAGGGACUGGGGAAGAAAUUCGAGAAAGCGUUGGUGGCCGCGGGGCUGAUCCUGCCGUCUGGCGCGGCGCUGAAGAAGUACGCUGAAGACGCGGGGUUCGUCGAUGUUGUCGUGCACGAUAUCAAGCAGCCCUGGGGACCCUGGCCGAAGAAUCCAGAGAUGAAGAAGGUCGGCCAGAUCAUGGCACUGACGGCGGUUACGGGGCUGGAGUCGUACGCUAUGGCGCCUAUGACGAGAGUCCUCGGCAUGAAACCCGAAGACGUCCAGAUGGAGUGCGCAAAGUCCGUUGCGGAGGUUAAUAGCCGCAAGGUCCACGUGUACCAGCAUAUGUUGCACAUCGUGGGGAGGAAGCCGGAGACGGAGAAGAUUGAAACAAAGUAGGUGGGUAGUGGGCUGUCGUUUGCCAGAUGUGAAGUAGUAUUGUAUUCGACGAGUGGGAGUUGGUGCGGGGAUGGACGGGUUGAGCUAUGGAGGAUGCGAUUACCGGUAUUGCCCGAAUUUUCCUAGAUUGCUACCAGUAUGUAGAUACCUCCUGUGGCAAUGGAUGAUGAGACAUCCUC